UCUACCCCUUUACUCCCAAAGGUACAUAUAAACUGUGGUUUUCACGUUGAGCUCUGACAGAAAAGGAGCCUUUGCAAGAGGAAAGUUUGGAACACUAGAUUGCGACGCCACCUUCUCGUUGCCUAGUUACUGUUUCCACGGCAGUCGUGCCGUCAACAAUGCUAAACGAGCCCAAGAGUCGGAGAAGGGGCAUUUUACUUUCUUGGCGAGAGAGGACGCGAAGAGGAGGUCACGGGGGAAUUGCGUGAAAGAAACGUUAGUUCCUUGAGAAGGCAAGAGGGUAGGAGAGGAAAGGACAAGCGGUGAAGAAAGGGAUGGAGAUACUGCUAUAGUGAGAAAAAAGCUAAGUAGUUUUCAGGACUCAUAUGGUGGCCAUGGAUCCAACGGGCCCUUCUGAGAGCAUUUAUAACCUCAUAUCCAGUGACCGGAAGGAGCCUUCACAGCCUCCUAGGUAUGUAUCAAUUUUUAAAGCAACUGUAAAAGAUGACAUGCAAAAAUUUAAAACUGCAAUGAAAACUAUGGGACCAGCAAAACUUGAAGUACCUUCUCCAAAGAAUUUCCUGAAGAAACAUUCAAAGGAAAAAAUUCUACCACCCAAAAAAAAGUUUGAAUGGAAUGAGCGCAGAAAGCCACCUGUGCCGUUGAGGACUGACCAUCCAGUCAUGGGAAUACAGAGUGAAAAAAAUUUUAUAAAUACAAAUGCAGCUGAUGUCAUCAUGGGAGUGGCUAAAAAGCCUAAACCGAUUUAUGUUGACAAAAGAACUGGAGACAAGCAUGACCUUGAAACGUCAGGACUGGUUCCGAAGUACAUCAAUAAAAAGGAUUACGGUGUCACACCUGAAUAUAUAUGUAAGCGAAACGAGGAAGUGAAGAAAGCCCAAGAAGAAUACGAUAACUAUAUCCAGGAAAACCUCAGGAAAGCAGCUAUGAAAAGGCUAUCUGAUGAAGAAAGGGAAGCGGUUCUGCAGGGGCUGAAAAAGAACUGGGAAGAGGUGCAUAAGGAGUUUCAGUCCCUCUCGGUCUUCAUUGACUCCAUACCAAAGAAGAUUCGCAAGCAGAAGCUGGAAGAAGAGAUGAAGCAACUGGAGCACGACAUUGGUGUCCUCGAAAAGCACAAAGUCAUUUAUAUUGCUAAUAAGAACUAGUGGGUUUUAAAAAAUAAAAUCAUUUUAGCACAUGGAAAAAAACACAGAAAACAUAAAAAUGAAACCAUAAGUUUUCUGAAGGAGGAAAAUACUAUGAAGAAUAGAAAAAGUCUUUACCAAAAUGCUUAAGUAGUGUUUAAAAAAUAAUUGGAUUAUUUACUUACAUAGAAAACAUUUUUUUUUUUUACUAGCAUCAAGGUUUCCUUGUAACCUGAUUAAAGUUUGAUUUUAGAUUUUCCAGUUCUAUAGCAUAAUUCAUUAUACUUGUUUCAGAUAAACAUUCAUUUCUGGGCACUGAAAAAGUCAGCACUCAGAACUUCACAUUUUUUUUCUUCACUGUGUUAAUGCAAGAAACACCAGGUUAAAAACUGUAAAGUAUUUUGAACUACAAAUAACUGUGUACUCUGUGUACUUUUACUACUCUGAAGUGUUUUCUACAUAUUGUUCCAGAGAUCCACAAAUUACAUGUAUUCUCUGGUAGCCUAUGUCAUUUGUAGCUAUUCACGCCUAUUAAUAUUUUCAAUAUCCAUAAUGUUAUAUAGGCUGAGAGGUUUACAUUUGAAGGAAGAAAAAUUAAGAAAAUAACAUAAAAUCAAGGAGAAAACUUAUAAAUUGCAUCACUGAGGAUUGUUAAAGAGAAUCACCUUCUUUCUGACAUUCGACUUUCAAAACCUUGGUGCCCUAUAUUCCAUAAUUUACUAUAUGUAUUCCACUAAUAUGGGAUAUUACUUUUACUUUCUGGCUUUCUCUAUUUUGAGAAUUCUUAUAUUUCUAUUUAUAAGGUUACAUAAUUUAUUAAGCAAUAAGUUUAUGUAAGUAGAGCUGUCUUCAACUCAAAAUAAAUGAGCCUAUAAGUAUCCAAGAAGGAAAAGAUUAUUUUAUGAAAUUUUAAAUUAUAGAAAUUUGGUAAAAUAUAUGAAAUUACAAAAUAUCAGAGCAGUAACAAUUUCUACUACUUACGCCAAUUUUUAUUCUACAGACAACACAGGAAAAAAAAAAUGACAAUUUUUUUCAAGCUUUUUCACAAGCACAGAAUUUGCGAGCAUUGUAGAAAAGCUUACUUUAGUUAAAAAUUUUUGUAUACAAAUAUUUUAGAAAACUCACUGUAAACUUUUUGUCACAUCUGUGUAUAGGCAUCAUUUCUUUAUUCCUUUAUUACCUCAGGGCAGAUGUAAAAAAUAUAUAUAGCUGACCCUUUAACCAUACAGGGGCUAGGGGCACUGAUCCUCCACCCAGUUGAAAAUCUGUGUAGUCAGCUUUUUUGUCUACUCGGUUUCUCCAUGUUCAUGGUUUUGUUCCCUCAGAGUCAACCAACCACAGGUCACAUAGUACCGUAGUGAUUACUAUUGAAAAGAGUCCACAUGUAAGUGGACCCACACAGUUCAAACUCGCAUCAUUCAAGGUUCAACUGUAUAUGAUAAAUUCUCACUUAUCUAGAAUUUUCUUCCUUUGUAAAACAAUAAGACUGCAUUGUCUGGGGACUUCCCUGGCCAUCUCAUGGUAAAGACUCUGCACUUCCACUGCAGGGGCCAUGGGUUCAGUCCCUGGUUGGGGAAGUUCUGCAUGCUGUGUAGUGCAGCCAAAAAAAAAAGAGAGAGAGAACUCCAUCAUCUGUAUAUACCACAUUUUGCUUAUCUGUCCUUCUGUAGAUGGACACUUGAUUUGCUUCCACAUUUUAGCUGUUGUAAAUAAUGCUGCUAUGAUCAUGAGUGUACAUAUAUCUCUUCAAAACCCUGCUUUCAAUUCUUUUGGGCGUAAGUCCAAAAGUAGAUUUGCUGAAUCAUAUGGUUAUUAUAUUUUUAAUUUUUUGAGGACCUGUCAUACUCUCCAUUGCUGCUAUACCAUUUUGUUGUUUAGCCACCCAGUCAUGUCCAACUCUUUGCAACCCCAUGGACUGCAGCACACCAGGCCUCCCUGUCCCUCACCACGUCCCGUAGUUUGCCAAAGUUCAUCUUCAUUGCAUCAGUGAUGCUGUCCAACCAUCUCAUCCUCUGAUGUCCUCUACUCCUUCUACCCUCAAUCUUUCCCAGCAUCAGGGACUUUUCCAAUGAGUUGUCUGUUUGCAUCAGAUGACCAAAUACUGGUGCUUCAGCAUCAGUCCUUCCAGUGAAUAUUCAUUUUACCUUCCCACCAGUGCUGUACAAGGGUCCCAAUUUCUCCACAUUCUUGCCAACACUUGUCUUUUCUGUUUUUUGGUAGUCAUACUACCACUCCCACUAAUAGUUGGGAGGUGUUACCUCAUUUUAGUUCUGAUUUGCAUCUCUCUACUGAUUAGUGAUGUUAAGUAUCUUUUCCUGUGCUUAUUGUUGUGUGUGUUGUGUGUGCGUGUUCAGUCGUGUCUGACUCUUUGGGGACCUCAUGGACUAUAGCCCAACAGGCUCCUCGGUCCUUGGGAUUUCCCAGGCAAGGAUACUGGAGUAGGUUGCCGUUUCCUUCUCCAGGGGAUCUUCCUGAUCUAGGAAUCAAACCUGUGUUUGCAGGUGGAUAGUUUACUGCUGAGCCAUUUGUAUAUCUUCUGUGGAAAAAUGUCUAUUCAAGCCCUUUGCCCAUUUUGUAAAUUGAGUUGUUUGGUUCUCCGUUGAGUUUUAUGAGUUUUCUGUAUAUUCUGGAUCUUAAUCCUGGAUCAGAUAUAAGAUUUGCAAAUAUUUUCUCCUAUGGGUUACCUUUUUACUUUAUUGAUAGAGUCUUUUGAUAUACAGAAAUUUUCAGCUUUCAUGAAGUCAAAUGUGUCUGUUUUUUCCUUUGUUAACUGUGCAUUUGGUAUCAUAUCCAAGAUGGUAUCACUGCCAAAUCCAAAGUUGUAAACAUUUUAUCCUACAUUUUUUUCUCCCAAGAGUUUUAUUGUUUUAGGUCUUACAUUUAGGUCUUUGAUUCAUUUUGCGCUAAGGUUUAUAUAUGAUGUUAGGUGGGAUCCAGCUUCAUUCUUCUGAAUGUGGAUAUCCAGUUUUCCUAACACCAUUUAUUGAAAAGUCUGUCCUUUCCCCAUUGAGUGGUCUUGAACCCCUUGUCCAAAACAAUAUCACCAUAUAUGUAAUGGUUUAUUUCUGGGUUCUCUAUUCUGUUCCAUUGGUCUAUAUGUCUGUUUUAUAUGGUAUCACACUUUAUUACUGUAGCUUUGUAGUAAGUUCUUAAAAUCAGAAAGUGUUGAAUCCUCCAGUGUUGUUCUUUUGUGAGAUAGUUUUGGUUAGUUAGAAUGCUGUGAGAUUCCACAUGAAUUUAGGAUAGUUGCUUCUAUUUCUGCAAAAAGGUCAAAGGUAUUUUGAUAGUGACUGAAUCUGUAGAUUGGUUUGAGUAGUAUUGACUUUUUAAUUAAGCCUUCCAAUUCAUGAACAUGGGAUGUGUUUCCAUCUAUUUUAAUUUCUUUCAGCAACAUAUUUCAGCAAUAAUUUUCACUGCAUAAGCCUUUCACCUCCUUGGUUAAGUUCAUUCCUAAAUCUAUUUUAUGCUAUUGUAAAUGGAAUUGUUUUUGUAAUUUCCUUUUCAGAUUGUUCA